GCCCUGGUGGUCACCGACCUGCUGGGCACCUGCUCCGUCAGUCCCUUCGUCCUGGCCUCCUAUCAUCGCAACCGCACGCUGACCACCUUGGCCCAAGGAGGACACAUCUGCCUUUACUUUGGCUUUGCCAUGAGCUUCUUCGGCCUCGCCACCAUGCUCAUCCUCUUCGCCAUGGCGCUGGAGCGAUGCCUGGCCCUGGGGCGGCCUUACUUCUACGAGCGCUUUCUCAGCCCCCGCACGGGCUUGGUUGCGCUGCCCGCCAUUUAUACCUUCUCUGCGGCCUUCUGCUCCUUGCCGCUGGUGGGCUUCGGGCGGUACGUGCAGUAUUGCCCCGGGACCUGGUGCUUCAUCCAGAUGCACCUGGACUACCUCCAGCCCAACAGCGGCAGGGAGGGGUCCAGGUUGGACGUCACCUUCUCGCUGCUCUACGCCACCCUGCUCCUCUUUCUCAUCCUCUCCGUGCUGCUCUGCAACCUCAACGUCAUUGCCAACCUGGCCCGCAUGCACCGCCGUGGGCAGAAGACCCGCCGGCUAGCCACGCUCGAGCAGCCCCGGGCGGCCGGUGCCUGUGGCCGACGCAUGUUCUCCAUGGCCGAGGAGAUCGACCAUCUCCUCCUCCUCUCCAUCAUGACCAUCACCUUCGUCAUCUGCUCCCUGCCCUUCACGAUCCGUGCCUACAUGAACAAAUUCAGCGAGGAAGAGGACAACCACGACUGGGACCUCCUAGCCCUGAGGUUUCUCUCUGUUAAUUCCAUCGUCGACCCUUGGGUCUUCGCCAUCCUGAGGCCGCCGGUCCUGCGGUUCAUGCGCUCUGUACUGUGCUGCCAGGUGACCCCCGUGAGCCAGGACAGACAGACUCCGUCCCCCACGAAGACAAAACUGGCAGCACGGCUGGACCCCUGUGGGCAGUAG